UCGAAGCCAGAAAAAACGCGUUCGGAUAUUUGUUUACAUCCGCCCCUUCUUCGUUCACAUCCGCCGCCGAGAUGGAGGACGCAGGCAGCUCCAGUCUGACGUUUCUGCCUUCACAAGACUUGAUUAAGUUUAAUCCACCAUGUAAUAGACAGCAUGUGUGGAGGAACAUCAGUCUCUCACAAGGAGUUUGAAGGAUGCCCUUUGGAUAAAUUUUGGCUUGCUGUACAGUCAGCAAAAUCUAUAAUAAAAGAUUUGUCAACAGGCAAAUCAAGCAGAGAUGAGAUUUUAGAAAUCCUCAAGCCACUGGGACAGGAAACUACUGAAAAAAUCCUGAGUGCAGUGUCUGUUCGAGAAGAUGAAAUUAAGAAGGCACUAAUCCAGGAAUCAUUAAAAGAUACUAUUCAUCUCAAGGACUUUGACUGGAAUGUCAGGCUGGCGGUUGCAAGUGACAAGGUCCUGGAUCUGAAUGAAUCCAUAAUGACACUCCAUCUUCACACAUUAAAUGCAGACAAAGGCAACAAUACUUUGACUGUUGAAAUGUCGCCUGACCAGGUGGACAGACUGAUAGAACAGCUCAAAGGUGCACGGGAAAAGUUAGCUCAUGUAUCCAACGCCAGAUAAGAAUUCAUGAUUUGUCAUUCUGUGUUGCUUUUCUAAGUUUGUGAUUUGGUGUUGCAACUUGAUGUUAUCCAAGCAAUUUGAUGAGUUGUAGGUUGAUGAUGGUGAUGCAGUUAUGGUUCUUAGAGAAAUGAAAAAUAAAAUGUCUAGAUUUUAAUA